CUGGCAAAUUGACAGUGUUCAAGGAUGAGUACAAACCGUAUUCGUGCAGCGAAUGGGAAACUAAUAUAUGAAAUACACACAGGAGAACUAGGUACUAAUAAGAAUGGGAGUGCGUUGCCUUUUGAUUUGUGAAAUUUUACCCCUGAGGGCAACUUCAGCACUCCGGAUCGUGUCAAACAGACCGCUGUUAAUGAACUGGCUCAUCGUUGACAGUCCUCCUGUUACCCCCUGCAGUUGGCAAAAUAAUAAGAUUACAGUGAUGGCUGACUUGUGGCAUAGCAUCACCAACCUUGUGCACCUUCCCACGCCUAGGAGUCGCUGGACGCGCCAUCAAGAUCUUUAGAAUCUGCCUCCCCUCCCUCGUGUUGCAUUUCACAAGCCUUCCUGCUAUCAGUUCGGCGCUUCGCUUUGAAGCUUGCAACCGAUCAAAUGUGCUUCCAUGGAGGUGGGACAACCUUGGGACUCAAACAAGCAGAGGGGUGAUUUUUCCAAGCCCGUCAGCAAGAGACGCAUCGGGUGAAAUUGGAGCCCACCCUGCUCUCCCAUCUCCUCAGCGCCCACCCCAUCCAAGCCAGCGCGCUUGAUGUGCAGUAGUCUGCAUGGAAACGAAAUGAAGGAGCGGGGAAGCCUUGUUGCUUUUUCUCAACGGCUGGGAGCGCUUCAGCGGCACCUUUCCAUCCAUGUCCCACCAAUCCUGCCCCAAGUCUCCAAAAGGAGCCUGCACCUCAGCUUUAAGCAACUAAAUGAUUUUCUGGGGGAGGAUUUUUAAUCGGCGAGAUGAUGCUCGUUCUCCUGCUGGCAGCCUUUUCCGCUUCAAUCUCAAGCUCCUCCCUCUCCUCCCCGUCCAUGUCAGAUGGACUCCCAAUGGCAGACCCGUCUGCUCCGGACUUGAUGUCUGAGACAUGCAGCGCCUGCUCCUGCAUGUCAGUGGAAAACGUACUGUACGUCAAUUGUGAAAAGAUCACUGUAUAUCGACCGACACAACUCAUCCCUCCUGUGUCGUCAUUAUACCACCUCAACUUCCAAAAUAACUUCUUAGUUAUUCUCUACCCAAACUCGUUCCUCAACUUCACCCAUGCUGUGUCUCUGCAGCUGGGGAAUAAUCAGCUACAGAACAUUGAAGGUGGCGCAUUCAUGGGGAUGAGUGCUUUGAAACAGCUCCACCUAAACAACAACGAGUUAAAGGUGUUGCAAGCAGACACUUUUCAAGGAAUAGAAAACUUGGAGUACCUUCAAGCUGACUACAACUUGAUCAAGUAUAUUGAAAAGGGAGCAUUCAACAAACUGCACAGGUUAAAAGUGCUCAUUCUGAAUGAUAAUCUCAUACAGGCACUUCCUGACAACAUAUUUCGCUUUGCCUCCCUCACACACCUGGAUAUAAGAGGGAACAGGAUCCAGAAGCUUCCAUAUUUGGGAGUUCUGGAGCACAUUGGACGGAUUGUUGAGCUGCAGUUGGAUGAUAAUCCCUGGAAUUGUACCUGUGAUUUAGCACCUCUCAAGGCAUGGCUUGAAAACAUGCCGUAUAAUAUUUUUAUUGGAGAGGCCAUAUGUGAAACGCCAAGUGACUUGUAUGGAAGGCUUCUGAAAGAAACUAAUAAGCAGGAGCUUUGCCCCAUGGGUACAGGAAGUGACUUUGAUGUUAGAAUGCCACCUGCACUCCCUGAUACGGGUCAGUCAUCCUCCAAAAUAUCCCCGACCUCCGUGGGUGCCAUUCCCACAAAAUCGCCAAAAACCACAGACUCAUCUAAAAUUUACGGUAAUGGCAUUGUAGCCGGUUUACCCCCUUUUGGAAGAAAUAGCCAGAUUGUUUCCUUUCAGACACGGAGCCCCCCAAUGUUAUGCCCACAGCCGUGCAGCUGUAAAACCCACCCUUCAGAUUUUGGCAUUACCGUCAGUUGUCAGGAAAGAAAUAUAGAAAAUCUAGCAGAACUUAUCCCUAAACCAGCAAAUGCCAAGAAACUUCACUUGAGUGGGAAUUACAUUCGUGACAUAAGCCCGACUGAUUUCCGAGGAUUUGAAGGUUUAGAUUUGCUUCAUCUUGGCAGCAACCAAAUAGUCACCGUCCGGAAAGAUGUGUUUGCUAACCUCACUAAUCUAAGAAGACUAUAUCUGAAUGGAAACCAGCUCGAACAGUUACACCCUGAAAUGUUUUUGGGCCUCACAAAUCUACAAUACCUAUAUUUGGAAUACAAUGCCAUUAAAGAAGUUCUAGCAGGCACGUUUGACUCCAUGCCAAAUUUGCAACUCCUGUAUCUCAAUAAUAACGUGUUGCGGAGUCUUCCUGCCUAUGUGUUUGCAGGCGUCUCUUUAGCCAAACUUAAUUUGAAAAACAACCACUUCAUGACCCUGCCAGUAAGUGGUGUCCUGGACCAGCUGCGUUCUUUGACCCAAAUAGACCUAGAGGGCAACCCGUGGGAGUGUUCCUGCGAUUUGGUCGCUCUCAAACUAUGGUUAGACAAGCUAAGUGAUGGAGUGGCUGCUAAAGAGGUGAGAUGUGCCUCCCCAGUGCAAUUCUCCAAUAUUGAACUGCGCCUGUUGAAAAACGAGAUCCUGUGCCCAAAGCUGAUUGCUCGGCCACCUUUUAUUUUUACCAGCGCCACCCCGGUCUUGACUUCAGUUUCACCUGCAGGAGUUGGCAAAGCCCCGCCAGGAGGUCCUGUACCUCUCUCAAUCAUGAUCCUUAGUAUCCUUGUAGUGCUAAUACUUACAGUGUUUGUGGCCUUCUGCCUUUUAGUCUUUGUCCUAAGACGGACUAAAAAACCAGCUGGUCGUCAGGAACUGGGGAAUCAGGAGUGUGGCUCCAUGUCACUGCAGCUCCACCGGCAUGGCCACAAAUCAGGCAAAAAAGGUUCCAUUUCGGGAGAUGAAUUGGGAGGCGAAACAUUUAUCCCCCAAACCAUUGAACACAUUGGCAAGAGCCACACUUGUGGUAUUGGACGCUCAUCAGACAUGGACGCUGGGUUUAAGUUUGCUGACUCGCAAAGGCAGAAAAUUAUCCUUCGGAGCGCUGCUGACAAGGAUAGAGACGCACUCUCCACCUUGGAGCGUAACAAGCGCCUCAGUACAAUCGAUGAACUCGAGGAAUUCCUACCAAAUCGAGAGCCCAGCAUGUUCAUCCAGAACUUCCUGGACGGCAAGAGAGAUUUCAACAGCAUAGGAAUGGGUGCGUAUGAAAUCCGCUACCCGGAGAAAACUCUGGAUCGAAAGAUGAAGAAAUCAUCACUGAUAGGUGGGAACCACAGUAAGAUUGUGGUGGAGCAAAGAAAAACCAGCUGUGCGUAUACACUCCCUCGCACACACACACAUUCAGCAAAAAAGUGCCUUCUGGAAAAUCGUAUUGACCAAUGCUUAGAUGGACAAAAUGGCUCCAUACUACAAAGCUUUUACUUGGAUCAGCAAGGAUACAUGUUACAGUGAAAGACGUUUGGAUCAUCCAUGCCAUAUGUAUGAAUCAUACCUAGAUACCACAAGACAGCCUACAAACAACCUGACAGUCUUAGUAUUUUUGCAGCUAUGGGAAUGGCAAUUUUUUUUUUUCAUUGUUAUUGCUGUUAUUAUUAUUUGGUUUUCUAACAAAUCAAAUGGUCUUGGAAAAAAUGCUUGAGAAUAUACCUCGCAGGCUCCUUCCCUCAUUUUAUAACAGAAGGGUUGAAACAGAGAGAUGACGGCACCUCACGUCGUAAUCCUUCUUGGCUCCGAAAUGUACAGGUAUCUGAUAUCACUACUUCUGGGCUAAGUUACAAAGAAUGACUCAGUGGAUUCUACAUUGCUUUUUUUCACUUUGUAAGGAUAUUUGUUUGUUCUUAGGGAAGCUCUCUGGGGCUGCCUGCAGACUUGAUGCCAUUUUGUCAGGAUUAUACACUCGUGGCAGAUCACCUGCUCUAUGCUGAAAGGCUAAACGGCUCCUGUUUUGUGUUCAUGGGAAGGCAAUGUACUGAAAAACUCUUUUGAGAUUGAUUUCAUGACUUGCUUUCUUUGUGUAAAGAGCCAUGUUAAUAUAUAGUGUAUUCUGAAUGGAGUUGUGUUUCCUCUUCAAGUUACUAUUUCAAAAUGUAUGUUUUUGGGUGAAACCGAAUCGGCAAUUACACUGUCAAGAGAUGUUUCUUAAAAAUGAAAGCCCAAGGAUAAAAGAGUACAAAGCUGCUUGCCAUGUAAGCGUAACUUGGAAUUUAUUUUGUAAGUCUUACAUUAUUUGUAUCUGUGGGACUGGUUUGUAAAUUACACUGACAAAUAUCUGCAUAUGCGCACACAUGCUGUAUUGCGGAGCAUCAUCAUGUAGAGAGUGCUCCCCAGAAAUGUCAAAGAGAUCAUUAAUAUGACUCAAUCAGUGAUAAUCCUUUCCCCUCUUGUCAGUUCUCAAUUCAUAGUAAAAGAAUUUAAAAAGAUAGUUAGUUUAUUUUUCUAUGCAGGGUUAUUUAAAGAGAUUAUGGUAUUAUUGAAAAAGGACGCUACCCUGAGAGGAACUAACUUUCAUCAGAGCUAAUACAGGUCACAGGUAGACGUGACCGUUGAUUUGUUUCAAUGGUUUAUAAUUUGUUCUCUGAACAAGUUGACAUGAUGAACAAUUGUGAAAUGUGAUCUGUGUUGUUUUCGCACGACAAGCCAGGCGGAGUCUGUGAAGGCUCAAAUACGUUCCUAAUUCUUACAUCUCCCACAGCAUCUUGUAAAGGUUUCUUAUGAACUUAUGCAACCAAAAUAAAUGUGCAUUAAACUUAAUAAAGUUCCGGAUUGUUGAUAUGGGAAUGGUGACAUUCUAAAAAUGUGGGCUCUUAAGAUAAGGACAGAAUCAUAUCAUCGGACAACGUGCAAUAUUAGGAACUAGUCAAGUAGGAAAUGGCUUCAAAUCGUGUUUGUUUUUAUUAGUUUGAGGUAAUAUUGUUGAAAGAAAAAAUGCAGUUCAAAAUUAGCCUAAUUAACUCUAUGCGGUUUUUAUUUAAAAGUAUUGUUAAGUUAAACUGAUGACAUUCAACUGUUUGUUGACAUUGCAAAUGAAUAGAAUGUAACUUAGAAAGAAUAAUAAAUACAAUUUUCUCUCAGUCAUAAAUUUCCUGUAUAAUGGUUAAUUUUCUCUUGUAUUAUCAUGUUAAUGUGAAGGUAUUAAAAUAAGCACCUCUUUGCACUUGUCCCCACAAUUUAUUUCAUGUUGCACUCUUAGUUUUCGAAGAGACUUGACUUAAUCAGUCAGGUUGGCUCCUACGCAGUGUUCAUGGUAAUUGAAAACAAAGCUGAAUUAUCUGACAGUUUAGUGUUGGACAUCUUUAAGUGGCACAAUGUUGUACUUUGUUAAAGUUCAUGUGGAUUUUCUGUUUUGUUUAAUUCAUAUAAAAUGUUGGUGGAAACAAACACACAUCUGCCUCUUUUAACUCAAGGCAAAAAAAUAAUUUCAAUUAGAAAACCAAUUAGAAAUGCAACAAAAUAUUUCCCCCCAUCAAGUUACAAAUAAUUUAAUUUGAGCAUGUUUUGAGGAAGCUUUAACUGCAAUGCCUCUUUGACUCAUGCGCUUUGUGUGCCACAAAUCAUUUAUCCAACAGGUACUGUAUAAAGGUUUCUUCUGUUUUAGGCACAAUCAAACAUUCAUGCUUGUUCCAUUUCAGGGUAAAAAAAAAAUAAAAAAUCCGGAUUUCCGUCUGUGUUAAUCCAACCUAUGGGGCUUUUGGGGAACCAAGUAGCUGAAAGUAUGACUCAUCCAGACGCCAGAGAAUUUUCCUCAUUAAUUAUUAAUACUUUGGCAGUUAUGAACUAAAAAGGAUGUGGGAAAGGGUAGUGAAUUUAGAUAAGUUCUCUCCCACAGAAUGCUCACUGUUUUACACAUUUUUUCCCCGGCCCGGUUGGUCAUAUUUGUAAUCAUAUUGCUUGGCAAUGUCAUGCUUGUACUUGGAUACAUUCAGCUCGAAAUUUGUGUCUGCUCAGUUCACAAUUUUACUGCUGUGAUUUAACUGUAGUGCUGUGUUCUAUUCAUGGAGUCUUUAAGGGGCUAAUACAUUUGUAUAAUUGCAAAAGAAUGUCUGAUAACUGUUUUUUCCCUAUCUUUUAGUUGUGAUCUAUAACAUGCUUUUGAAACGAUUAUGCAAUUCUUUGCUGAAACCCAAAUGUAAAAACCAUCUCUGCGGUGGCUGAGACCAUUCUCAUCUGGUGGGUUUGCUUUGGGGUAUCUAUGCCUAUUUCUGGGAAUAUUGCAGGGGAACCUUAGGGCAUUAUUUCCCAACCUCUAUUUAGCAAUGUCACCCAAUUUAGAUGAGAAAAAUCUCACAGUAUACCACCAUAACACAAAUAUCAGAAAAAGUAUGACUACUCUUGUCCCAAUUUACUCACAAAUACGUAUUCUGAAAUCUGGUCCUGUUUAAUUGAACAAGCCAUGACUUAUUAUGUUGUAUGAAUGGCAACAGGUGGAUACACAGGUUUGUUUGACCUUCUUCCAUCUAAUGGAAAAGUAUUUAAUCAAUCUGGCUGUCAGAUGAACAAAGGUAUAUUUAUAAUUAAUAACUCAUUUUCUGACAC